UUCACCACCACAGUAUAUAUCAUAUUCCACCUGUUCGAUCCACAAUUAAAGACACCCACUUCUUUUUCACAGCCGACGAAGGUCAACAAUGGCCGCCGCCGUACUCUUCGCCGUCUCAAUCCUCACCAUCUUCAUCGCAUACAAGCUUUUCCAGCGCCUCCGGUACAAGCUCCCGCCGGGGCCGCGGCCGCUGCCCAUCGUCGGAAACCUGUACGACCUGAAACCGGUCCUCGUCCGGUGCUUCACCGAGUGGGCCCAAAUCUACGGCCCGAUCUUCUCGGUCUACCUGGGCUCCCACCUCAACGUGGUGGUGAACUCGCCGGAGCUGGCGAAGGAAGUCCUGAAAGACAACGACCAGCAGCUGGCCAAUAGGAACAGGACACGUAUGAUUAACAUGUUCAGCAAGAACGGGAUGGAUCUGGUGUGGUCGGACUAUGGGCCCCACUACGUGAAGGUGAGGAAGCUCUGCACGCUCGAGCUUUUCUCGGCGAAGAGGAUCGAGGCGCUCCGGCCAAUCAGAGAAGAUGAAGUUACUGCCAUGGUGGAAAACGUUUUCAACGACUGCGUUAAACCUGAAAACAAGGGCAAAGCUCUAGUGAUGCGCGACUACCUAGGAAUGAUGGCGUUCCUUCACAUAACGAGGCUGAGUUUCGGUAAGAGAUUCAUGGACUCGAACGGUGUGGUUGAUUCCGAGGGAGAAGAGUUGAAGGCGAUUCUCGACGGUGCUAUUCAAAUCGGCUCCAGGAAAUCCUUUGCCGAGUUCCUCCCGUGGCUCCCGUUUCUCUUCAAGGCCGAAAACGAAGCGCUAGCUAAGCACGACUCCCGUGCCGAUAACUUCACCAAGAAGAUAAUGGAAGAACACACGCUUGCGCGGAAGAGAACCGGGAAUACCAAGAACCAUUUCAUCGACGCGAUGCUUAGUCUUCAGAAGGAUUACGACAUUAGCGACGACACGAUUAUUGGACUCCUUUGGGACAUGAUAUCAGCUGGUAUGGACACAACAAUCAUAACGGUCGAGUGGGCAUUAGCCGAGAUGGUAAGAAACCCUCACGUGCAGCAAAAGGUACAAGAGGAGCUCGAUCGUGUGGUCGGAAAAGACCGAGUCAUGACCGAAGCCGACAUCCCGAAGCUGCCGUACCUGCAGUGCGUGACAAAGGAGUGCUUUAGGGUGCACCCUCCGACACCCUUACUCCUCCCCCACAAGGCCGUCACGGACGUCAAGGUCGGCGGCUACGACAUCCCGAAGGACUCCACGGUGAGCGUCAACGUGUGGGCCCUCGCGCGGGACCCGUCCGUGUGGAAGAAUCCGCUCGAGUUCAGGCCGGAGAGAUUCCAAGAAGAGGAUAUAGAUAUGAAGGGGACGGAUUACAGGCUGCUUCCGUUUGGUUCCGGAAGGAGAAUAUGCCCCGGCGCACAGCUGGCGAUUAAUUUGGUCACCUCGAUGUUGGGGCACAUGGUGCACCAUUUUACGAUGACGCCACCGGAUGGGGUUCGGGUCGAGGAUAUUGAUAUGAUGGAGCAAGCCGGUUUGACUACUUAUAUGAGAACCCCGGUUCGUAUCGUUCCUACUCCGAGAUUGUCUGCUGAUUUGUUCAAGCGCGUCGCUGUCGGCAGUGUAUGAACGAGGCUGUUGUGAUUGAAAUUGAGUUUCUUGUUCUAUAUAUGAAUGUCUCAAUUUUUUUUUCCACUUAUUAAUUGUUAGUUUGAUUUUUUUUUUCUUUUUUUUUUUUUCCGUUUUGUGUUGUUUUCGGAUGUUUGUCUGCAGGGUUAUAAUUUUGUCCCGUAAUAUAUGAACAAAACUUUGAGAUUUAUUUUUUUCCGGUUUUUUAGGAGUCGAAAUUGGCAAUCAUGAUAAAGUGUAUCGACUUUUUAUAUGGUCGAAUAUCCCGUAAGUACUGUGAUUGCAUUCGAAUUUAUGUGGAUAAUGAAUUCGAAAUUGUUUUA